AGUGCAAGAGAACGUCUAGAUGAUCAAAAGUACUCUACACUGCUGUUCGAUUCAAGUGACUUCCAUGUGUAGAUGAUUAAAAGUACUCUACACUGCUGUUCGAUUCAAGUGACUUCCAUGUGUAGAUGAUCAAAAGUACUCUACACUGCUGUUCGAUUCAAGUGACUUCCAUAUAUUUCCACGAACAUAUAAACAUAUAAGAGGUGAUGAUAGCACAGUGACAAAUCAGUUCUCAAGAUACUUUUGAAGACAUUCAAUAUUCAGGUAUAGUUUAAGAUCUUAAGAAUAUUGAUGACAUGGCAGCAGAGAAUGAUACAAGGCAAUGUAAUGAGGAAUAUAGUAUCAAAGAGGAAAUCAAGGAUUCGUUUGAUGAGGAUAGUAUCUCUAGAAAUGAUGCCACAUUGCUGAACAGGAUCAGCCAUAAUGAUAUCAAACGAGAAUUAGAUUGUGCAGGUGGCCAAGAAGUGACUGCUUCAAUUGACUUCAAUUCACUCAAUAUUAAAGAAGAAAUCAAGGAAUCAUUUGAUGAGGACAGUAUCGCUACAAAUGAUGCCACAUUGCUGAACAGGAUCAGCCAUAAUGAUAUCAAACGAGAAUUAGAUUGUGCAGGUGGCCAAGAAGUGACUGCUUCAAUUGACUACAAUUCACUCAAUAUUAAAGAAGAAAUCAAGGAAUCAUUUGAUGAGGGCAAUAUCGCUACAAAUGAUGCCACAUUGCUGAACAGGAUCAGCCAUAAUGAUAUAAAACGAGAAUUAGAUUGUGCAGGUGGCCAAGAAGUGACUGCUUCAAUUGACUACAAUUCACUCAAUAUUAAAGAAGAAAUCAAUGAAUCAUUUGAUGAGGACAGUAUUGCUACAAAUGAUGCCACAUUGCUGAACGUGACCAGCCACAAUGAUGACAAACGAGAAUUCAAUCAUACAGGUGGUGAUUCAAAGACGUGUGCGAUUGACUACAAUGAAUUUAAUAUUAAAGAAGAGUUAAACUGCACGGAUGAUCUGUCUGAUCUUGAAACAAAUAAAUGUAAUGCACCUGUUCAGUUUGAGGAUAAGGAAUCAGAUAUCAAAACUGAACUUGUAUGUUCUGUUAAUGAUAAUGUCUAUGCUGCCAGUAUUGACACUGGGGAGAAACCAUUCAAAUGUGAAUAUUGUCAGAAAUGUUUCAUGCUUAAAAAAGUUUUGAAGCAGCAUAUCAGGAUUCAUACUCAAGAGAAACCAUUCAAAUGUGAUCAUUGUGGAAAGUGUUUCAUCCAACAAAACAAUUUGAAACGACAUAUCAUGACUCAUACUGGAGAAAAACCAUUCAAAUGUGAUCAUUGUGGAAAGUGUUUCAAACAAGAAUCCACUUUGAAAGAGCAUAUUAGAAUUCACAGUGGAGAGAAACCAUUCAAAUGUGAACAUUGUGAGAAAUGUUUCACCCAACAAAACAUUUUAAAACGGCAUUCUAGGAUUCAUACUGGAGAGAAAUCCUUUAAAUGUGAACAUUGUGAAAAAUGUUUCACCCAUCAACAUAAUUUGAAACAACAUAGCAAGAUUCAUACUAGAGAGAAAUCAUUUAAAUGUAAACAUUGUGAGAAACGUUUCAUCCAUCAAAAACAUUUGGAAGUACAUAUCAGGAUUCAUACUAAAUCGAAACCAUUCAAAUGUCAGAAUGUGAGCAUUGUGAGAAAUGUUUCCCCCAACAAAACAAUUUAAAACGACAUAUUAUGACACAUACUGGAGAGAAACCAUUCAAAUGUGAUCAUUGUGAAAAGCGUUUCAGACGCUAACACCAUUUAUUACAACAUAUCGGGACUCAUAAGAUAGAAGUCAUUCAAGUGUGACCAUAAUAAGAAAUGUUUCACCCAACAAAACAGUUUAAAAUGGCAUUUUAG